UCCCGGUGCCCCGGACGGGACGGGCUUCCACCCGCUCCGCUCCACGCGGGGCCGCCGAGUCACUGCCGGUCUGGUCCCGGCCCCGGCCCCGGCCCGCGCCGUCUCUCCUGGUCCCGCCGCCCUGCCAUCCCGAUCCCGAUCCCGAUCCCGGUCCCGGUCCCGGUCCCGGUCCCGACCCGCGCUGUGCUGCUAGCACCGGUACACAGCUCUCUUCUCCUCUUCAGCACAAUGGCCUGCCAAGAGAGUGAGUACCUGGAUGACCAGAAGAAAUGUGUCCCCUGCAGAAAGUGCAUGCCCGGGCAGGAGCUUUCCAAGGACUGUGGCGAUGGCAGUGGCGGGGACGCGCAGUGCGUGGCCUGCCCUCCCAGGAAGUUCAAGGACCGCUGGGGACAUCACGGCUGCAAGCCCUGCCUGUCCUGUGCCCUCAUAAACCGCCUCCAGAAGUCCAACUGCACGGCGACGGCCGACGCGGUCUGUGGGGAGUGCCUGCCGGGGUUUUACCGGAAGGCACGGAUCAGCGGGCAGCUGGAGUGGGAGUGCAUUCCCUGCACCAAGCAGACGCCAUCCUCCGAGCCACAGUGUCGGUCCAGAACAAACCUGGUGAAGGUCGCUGUCCCUACUGUACCACCACAGGACACAGCCCUUCUUGCACUGACGAGCAGUGCCCUGGUCAUCAUUGUCCUGGUGCUUCUGGCACUCUCCAUCAUCUACUGCAAGCGAUUCUGGAAAAGCCAGUGCCAGAGAGUCUUCCUGAGGACUCAGAACUUCUCGGGCCAGCGAGCAACAUUCCCGACUGCAGCAGUGCCCGGCAGGUUCCUGUGUGAGGAGCAGAUGUCUGGACCCUGCUGCCUGGGUGUGAAGAACUUGAGCCCUUGCUACAGGCAGGCAGAAGGCCCUGUGGAAGCAGUGCAGUUCAUUUCGGAUGGGGAAGCUGUGGGUCUCCAGCUUCCCUCUCUCCAGCCAGAGAUGGACUUGCCACCAGCCAUUGCAAUCAGCACUGCCUCCAAAGCCCAGCUGGGCAGGAGUCUCCUGGAAAGCCAGCCCCUCAUCCGGGCCUCAGGCCACAGCGACUGCUUGGACGGGGUCCUGCCACCCCCCACCCCCAGACAGGACCGGCCGGGCCCAGUGGAGGCCCUGGCCCCCCUCUCCUCCUGUGCCUCUGAGAUGCAGCACAAGUGGCCACAUGCACCAGUGGAGUGCACUGAGCUGGACCUCCAAAAGUUCUCCACCCAGGCAGAGUUCAUGGGUAGCGAGCGGCUGGAGGAUGCAGCAAGCCAGGCAAUGAAGAGGAUUCCAGCAGAGAGCGGUGGUGUAGUGCAGGAGGGGGCUCAUCACUUGCCCACAGCUGAAAUUCCACAGGGGGAGCAGCCGGUGGAUGAUGUCCAGAGCCUGGUGACUCAAAUCAGCAGCACGGCCAAGGGUCUCCCAAUAGCGGAGCUGCCCCAUUCCUUGGUGCAGUCACUUGCAUUCUUGUUGGACCCUUCCUUGAACGGUGUGAAGAACUUCAGCCACGUGGCACUGGAGCUGGGGCUCAUGCCCCAGUUGCUGGGACGGAUUUCGGGGUUUGAGCAGCUGGUGGCACACUUCACCUACGCGGGAGCCACGGUCACUGUCCCACUGCUGGCGCAGGCGCUGCAGCGGCUCCAGAGGUUUGACGCCUUGCUCCUGCUCUGCGACCACUUCACACUCAGCCCCACGCCAGACCACCAGCGCUAGAGGACAGGGAGGGACGGAGGAAGCUCCAUGCACUGUUGCUGGUGUGGAGAGGAUCCAGUGGCCUGCAGUCACAUAACAUCCCUGGUGUGCAUGGCAGGAGAACAUAGAGAUGGUCUUUGCAUCAUGGAAUGGAAGGACACAAUGGGGGCAUCCCUGCACAGGGGUUCCAGGAAGCACAGCUGUGCCUUUUACCAGCUCUGUGGGGGAGGGCUUGCUCAGGCCCUUACAGAGGCUGUUUUCCUCUGGCUGGGACACCCUUGCCUGUCAGUCGCUGUGCUGCCCGUGCUGUGCUGCUCUGGCUGUGCAGUGAGCCCUGUCAUGCCCCACUGUUGCUAUGGGGUCCCUCAGCCAUGGGACUCGGGCCCCAUGGGCAGUGCCCUCCUAUAAGCCCAGCCAUUACCUCUCUUCCAUUCCAGCUUUCCCAUCCUUCCUCUGGCCCAUGCUCUGUUUUCCCAGGUGUCAGUUGCCACUUUCCCAGUUUACUUUUCAGUUGCUUCUCUCCCUCUGUGCUGCAAUUUCCGUGGCAGAGAACCUGGCCAUGGCUGGUAUGCCGGGCUCCAGCCUUUGUCCCCCUGUGCCACCCUGGCACAUUCCUCUUGUGCCCAUUUGUGGUGCGGUGCAAUACCCUGGCAGGAGUUUUGGACUGAUUGCCAGGAUGAGCUGAUGUAUGUCCUUGUUGUGGGGCUGUGGCUGCUGGCCAUGGGCAGGUGCUGGCUCACCCCAGCCCUGUGGCUGUUCACUGCCCAUCGCCUCCAAGGCUUCGCAAAAUGCCUGCGGUGGCACAGGGUGUCAGGGGCAGGGACGCUGCACCGCCGUACCCUGGGGAGCGGGAGGCAGCUGAGGGCUGAAGCUGUAACUGGUCACAGGCAGCAGUGACGUUCCUGUGCCAGCCACAGAAGGAGCUCCAGGAGCUCCUCCUCUUUUAAAAUAAUAUUUUUCUUUUUUUUUUCCUGCCUAAAAAUGGCCUGAUUUCUCAUUCCUAGGAGUUGCCUACUGGGAAGGGGGAGCACGCUUCUGCUUGGUAUUUUCUCCUGGGGGAUUUGUCAGAGCUUGCCAUGGUCAUGCUGUCACUGGUCACCCUGAUUUUGGUGUUGUGCCUGCAGCCUGGGGGCUGCGGGCAGCUGGGCUGUUCUCAGCCUGCCCUGGCCACUGGGGCUCUGCUGGCGGCCCUCGAGAGGAGCGGGGGCACGUUCCUGAGCGGGGCCCAGUGGCGCGGGGGCGGCCAGGCACGCGGGGCCUGCGGAGGCCGCUCCCGCCGGGGUCACGGGCGGAGCAGCUGCCGGCAGGGCUGGAGCGGUGGCUCAGCGCCCGGCAGUGCUGGCAGAGCGCGGUGCUAAUGACACCACGGUGAGGGUUCGAUCCCUGUGUGGGCCAUUCACUUCAGAAUCGGACUCCAUGGUCUUUGUGGUCCCUUCCAACUCAGGAUACUCUGUGAUAAAUGUCACCCUAGCUGGCCCGAGACUCCCAGACAGCAUCCCUGGGGCUGAGCUGCUGACGUUUGUUCUGCCUCUGUUGCUUUGAUCCUCACUGCCGUGGCUGGGUCUGCUGAGUGCUUUCUGCUGUCGUGCCUGUCACUGGGGUCUCAGGCCAAGCCAGUGGUGUGGCAGUCACCAGCAAGUGGCACUGUUACCCCACUGCCAGCUGCCCCUCCCCAGGCCCCCUCGGCUGAGCCCACAGAAUUCUCCUUUAUCUGACCACAGUACCUGAAAGAAGCAGGUACCCUUCUAGGAGGGCAGACGUCCUCCACACCCUGGGUAUUAAUAGCUGCUGGUGUUUCCCUUUCCCGUUUAAUGAUGUUGGGGCUUGAAUGUGCCCAGGACGUGCUCAGAUAAGCAAAGGCAUGGGCAGUUUCAGCUGGAUCUGGCACUUUCUCUCACUGCUUGUUUCUUCCACAGUCAAGGCCGUUUUACUGCUCUUUGCUCCCCAAGACCCACAGCGUUGAACCUUGUGCCAUGUGGGGCCAGGAUUAGUCAGACUCUUGCUGCACUCUUAGGCUGUUAGGGAGCAGCCAGGAGUGUUGCUGCAGCACACGCAGCCUGGGGCCAGGGAUUUCCUGUUUGAGGCUUUUCUGUGGCACGGAGAGUGCUGGGUUUAAUCACCUCACAAAAUCCAGUAAAUAUUUAAUCCCUUUGUGGACAUAGUCACUUCCUGUGGGAAGGAAAAUAACUUCACCCGCUGCAUCUGAGUAAGAGCCUCCCUGCAGCUCGGCUGGCCCGCCCUGGCUUUGAAGUUGGAACUGGCCUGGGCAGCUUGUCCUGUGUGUUCCUGUGUCACCAGUGCCACCAGUGUGUGAUCACUUGGAGUGCACAGAGUUGCGGCAGCUGGGUAGGAUGGCAGAGCCAGCCUGCUCCUGUCACAGGGCAGUGUCAGGAGUAAGAGAUGGGCAGGAAGGGCUGGUAAAUUAAAGCUGUGAAUAUCGGGGACAUAUUACAGGUGUGUGCUGCAAAUCUCUUCACAUGCUGGGCAGCUCCACUGGUGUGCUGGGGUGGGUCUCUGGGCCAAGCAAAUGGAAUGAGGCUUUAGUUCAUUUGUUUGGGGUUUUUACUCACUUUUAUAAAGAAAUCAACCCCAUUUCCUUUAUAGCUUUUAAGGUAAACUAUUAUUUUUCAGUUGUUUGAUGUCUGAGCAGUAUUCCUUACAGUCAAAACUUAACCCCUGCCUUGAGGGUGCAGCGCAUUGGGUGGGUGUGUGCUGUGUAUGGGUAUGGGCUGUGCCACACAGGGUGUGUAGGGUGGGUGUGUGCUAUGCCACAACUCCUGCCUCACUGGUGCUGCCCAUCAGGCCUGGCCAUGCCACUGAGUGUGCUGCCUCAGCACUGGUUAGCAGGGGCUGGUUUUAGAUGUGUUUGAACUGUUCCCCCACACAGCCUCACACAUGGUAUCAGUGCAAGUCACACUGGCUGGUGCUCCAGCAGGGCUGGACACUGCACAGGAGUGUUGCAGGACGUGGCUUUUCAGCAGUGAGGUUCCCCCAGCUCCCAGCCAAGGGCUGCUCCCCACUCUCACUGUGUCCAUGGCAGGCACCUUCCUUCAGCUGUGGUGACAAAACCAGCUGUGUUUACAAGGGCCAAAAGUUCAACAGGUAACCUUUAGCCCACCCUAAGACCCUUUGGCCAGGCUGCCUCGAGCCCAACCAGAGCCCUCAGGGAACCAUGAGAGCCUUGGAAACAGUGAUAACGCUGUGACUUGGACAUCAGAACAACGGUGAUCCCUGGGCAGGGAACUGCUUCAGUGGGGAACCAAUGGACUUGAUACUUGACUUUUGCUUUUUAAUAGUAUUUUCAACAUAAUACAUGGAAUGUAAGGGAGGGAAAUUCCUGAAGUGCUGGAUCUCACGUCACAGCCUCAGGAAGCCAUUUGUGCCAAGCUGGCAUGGCUCACAGAGAGGUGAAAGAAAUCAAAUAACUCUGCAUCUGUGCAAACUUGAGCUGGGACUGAAGGGUGGAAACACUCCAGUGCAGUGGGGUUGUUUUUUUACAAGUGAUUGGUUUCCACACCAGUCUUGCCUGGAAGUCUGAUUUGCAGAGGAAUUUGUAUGAUAAGUUUAAAUCCAGCGCUGUUCUGGGAAGCUCUUAAGCAUAGACUUAAAAUAGGCACAUACUUCAGUGUUGUUAAAGUGUUUAUUCUGAUGAACAAUUGAUGAACAUCCCUCGGGUGCUGUUCCUGAACAGGGGGCUCAUGAGAGCUGUCCCUCCAAUGUGCUUUUACAGAAAUAGGCAAUACUGAAGAAAACUUGGUGUUACUGAUCUGAGCACACUUCUUGGAAGAGUCUGCAAGUGUUGGGGGAGAUACCCUCUCCAUGUUGGAUUAUUUGAUACUUCAGACUCUGGUGCUUUUCAAAAAAAAAAAAAAUCACUACAUUUCUGUAGGCAUGGUUUACCCAAGGGAAUACUUGUUGGUUUUUUAUGGUAGAUGUUAUUUUUCUUUAAGGUUACGAAUGGGUUAUUUAUAUUUUUGUAAAUUCUGCGCCGUUACUGUUGUAAUUCUGCUGUAGUUGUUUCUGUUGGGUUUGGGGUGUUGUCUGUGUUCAAAUGAAGCAGAAGCUGAAGCUCCUGCCCUCUGUUAAUGGAAGGGGGAUGGUCCCCCACAUUCCUCCAGACCUGGUGCUCUCGAGUGAUGUGUGUUUGUAGUUCAAUAAAUUUUGGAGCCAGA